UUUUAUGAAGGUGUAAUAUUUAUGUAGUUUUGGCGUCCAUUAGUUUACUAGUGCUAAACAGACGAAGUUUUAAAAGUCCAGCCACCCAUGGAUGCUACAGGUCAGCUAAAAAGUUAUUCGCAAUUCGGAUUUUAUCCAGGUUAUUCACCUUAAACAUAAAUAUGAAGAAGUAUAGGCGAUUAUGUUUGGUAAGUAACGGUCGAGACGCAAAAAGGAGGCAAAUUUGAGUGCGAGAGGGACGAAGCGACAGAAGACGGAGAAACGGGGUUUGUUGUGAACGUGAAGCAGACAAAGGGAAGGAGAGCCAGGCCAGGCCAGCACGUCGGUGCGACCCUUCGAGGGCUGAAAGCAGGGCAUCGUGGCGGGAAGCCGGGGGAGGAAACGACGGCGCGGAAGCCCGCGGGCGCAGCACGAGGCCGAGGGUCGGGAGGGACGCGCGCACAAACCACCUGGCGUCGCCCGCUCCCCCAUUCAAUCCAGUAUCGACCGGCUACCGAGCUGCAAUCGGAGAACGCUCACGCUGAUCGAAUUCACCACCGCCUGAUCGAAGCAAGUGUGGAGUGCGAGUGCGAGUGCGGGUUCGGAAUCGUUUCGGCGGCUGCAAUGGCCACGGGCCGGUCGUCAGCGCAGUCCCAGGACUCGUAGGGCGCCCCCGUCGCGCAGGGCAUGAGCCGCGGUCCCCCGCAUGGUGAGCUGCCCCCCUAGCGAGCAUGGCACCAUGGAAGGCCUGAUCGGGCAGCAGCAGACGCUCGGCGAGCAGGCGGUCGAUUCGGCGGCAGGCGCCGCGGCGCACACGCACGCCGUCCUCACCGGAGGCAUGGAGACGCGAGUCGUGACCACGAUGAGGGUGCUGUCACGCGCCGUGGUCGAGCGCCGUGUUGUCAAACAGGAGGACGCCGAUGGCCCUCUGUCCGUCAUCGUGCAGCCACAGGAAGAGUCCCGGGAGUCCGAGUUGCUCAGCCCCAAGCUGUCGCCCAGCUCGGUGAUGAUCGACACCAAUGACUACCGCGGGCUCAAUCCCGAGCCAACCUACCAGACGCUCACCACCGUCAACGGCAGGAUGUCCCCGGCAGGCUACAGUCCCAGCUCCUCGUACGCCACGCUCACUCCGCUGCAACCGCUGCCGCCCAUCUCCACCGUGUCCGACAAGUUCGCCUACGGCCAUGCCAGCAACGUUACCGGCUCUUUCGCAGUCAUGCAGAACAACAGCAUCCAGGGUAUUGGCAUCGGGCUCAAUGCCAGCGCGCCCUACACCAUGAACAACAUCGAGAUGACCCCGCCGCACAACUACUCAUCGCCUAGCAUGGGUCUGCAGCAGCAGGCGAGUCCCAUCAGUCCCCAGAGCGCCUAUAGCCAAAACGGGCUGCCCUCGCCGCAGAAGAGCCUCUCUCCGCAGGGCUACGACUCGCCGUACGGUGCCCGACAAGGUGAAAUAGUGAGCCGAACUUUGCACAGCCCUCAGCUGAGCCCCCCAGGCUCGGGAUCCCUGAACUCGCCUGAAGGCACGCUAGUGACUAGUUUUAGUGGACAGACCACGCUCAACGGACUGGGACUGCAAAACCAUCCCCCAACGCUCGUGCAAAUUGCACCUCCCCAACGCGAUUGUUCGCCUUCGCCACCCGUGGUUACGCUGCAGCAAACACCUCCAGGUAACCAACACCAACAAAGCCAGCAACAGCAAAGUCAGCAUGGUAGUUUACAAAUCAAAAAUGGCAGUUCUGGCUCUCUUACAGUGUCUGCUAUUCCUACAGACGUAGAAGAAAUCAACACCAAAGAGUUGGCCCAAAAGAUAAGUGCUGAGUUGAAGAGGUACAGCAUUCCCCAAGCCAUCUUCGCCCAGAGAGUAUUGUGUCGGUCCCAGGGGACUCUUUCGGACCUCCUGAGGAAUCCAAAACCUUGGUCAAAACUCAAGUCAGGCCGAGAAACCUUCAGAAGGAUGUGGAAAUGGUUACAGGAACCAGAAUUCCAGAGAAUGUCCGCUCUGCGAUUAGCAGCUGCGCAGAUCCCCCAACGAGGCAAUUUUAAUGAAUUGCCAGGUUGCAAACGGAAAGAGGACCCUUCGAACAAUUCGGAACAAAUACCUACGCCCAAGAAACCUCGUCUUGUUUUUACAGACCUCCAGAGGCGUACUCUGCAGGCUAUUUUUAAGGAGACCAAACGACCUUCAAAAGAGAUGCAAGUGACCAUUGCAAGACAGCUGGGUCUGGAACCUACCACCGUUGGCAACUUCUUCAUGAACGCUCGAAGAAGAUCGAUGGACAAGUGGAAAGACGAAGAUCCCAAGUCCGGUCAAGGCAUGAUGCACCAGCAGAUGUCUCCAGGCAUGGACCAAGACGACUUGGACCAGGAUGGAGACCUUGACAAUGACGUAGACGACAAUGAUGACGUCUUGUGACAUGCGUUCCGAGACCGCCAUCUCUUGCUGCUGUGACACUGAAGUUUUGGUGAAGCGCCAAACUCAAAAGAACUAUAGAUUCGUAGAUUCACUGUAUUUGACCUACCCCGAUACUUUCUUAAAAGACUUUCAGUAGCAUUUUAAUGAUUUCGCAGACCUCCAAUCGUUAAGACAAUCUUUCAUCGCACUAUUUUAGGUUUCGGUUAGUAAUUGACGUAAUAUCAAAUAAAAGACAUUUGCAAUACACAAACACAUUUGAAAACAUUUUUGAAAAAAAAAUAUAUAUAUCAAAAUAACUUAUAAGCAAUAUGAUUUUUAUAAUAAAAAGAUAGUUUCUAACUUCUUUAACAUAUUUAUUAGUGGACUCUUUUUUUUGUAAUAUUUGUUAAAACUUAUUCCACAUAUUUUUGGUAUAAUUAUUUAUACCAAUAUAUUUUUUCUAGAUUUAAUUUUUAAGUGAUAAUAUAUUACUAACAUUCCAUGUCUGUGUUAUUUCAUAUUUAUACAAUAUUUUUUAAUGUUUAUCAUUCCACAUCUACAAAAUUAAUAUUACCAAAAAAUAAAUAAAUACAUGGGGGGUUAUGUAGAAAAAUAAAUGUCUGACAGUGCAUAUUAUGCUAAAAUUGAUAAUAAUAAUUAUAAACUAACAAUAUCAUUCCAUAUCCCGAAAAUUGCGGUUCCAAUAAUAUAUUUUAAAAUUUUAUUAAAAGUAUAUAUCACGUCAAAAAAGUUGCAAAUGUCUUAUUUGAUGAAAUAAUUUUGUUUAAAAAAACAAUUUUCACUUGAUUGACAAUUUGAAUUUUUAAUCACUUCUUAUUUAGUCUUUAUAUUUUUAAACUAAAAAUACAUUUUAUAAUAUUCUUUCGAUAUUAUGAAAAUACAUUUUAUAAGCUUAUAAAAUGAUCAUGGAUUGUCAUCUCAAAGGCCACUAUGACGCGUUUUUUUUCUUGUUCAUCAAUUGAUAUAAAAAAAACCUUUUUGCAUUUUCAAAUGUCAGUCAAGUUGAAUUUCUCUAUAUAAACAUCGUCUUAUAAAAAUCGUUUAGAAUAAGUAUUAGCUUUUCUACUUUUCACGUUAAUCAUAAGUUUUCAUUCCUAGUCCAGACAAUGUAUUAUCCAGAACUUAGUCUUAUACAUGUUAUUCUAGUAUUCCUAUGUGAUCUCUUACUCAUAAAACAACAUUUUUUGCAUCAUACGAAUUUUACAAUCCUGUGAUACAUUUAUUUAUUUUUUCGAUAUAUUUUAAUUUAAAAUUUAUAUAUUUUUUUAGUUUUCACGCAUUAUUAAAAAUGUCUUUAGUUUAGCUCGGUUGUUUUAGGAGUAAAAGAAGGGGUUUUUGAGUUGAAUAUAUUCUUUUUGUAUGUAAUUUGAACUGGCAUUCAAAAUCACCAACAGUACAAAUAUCUUCAAAAAGUUUUUAUUAAGAAAAGCAAAAACCUAAUACUAAUUAAACCAAUAUUACCAAAAACAUUCCUUUAUUUUGGCUGUAUCAAACCUAAGUCUACUUUUUAUUUAGCUGUUUAUGAACAUGUACCUCAUUUUAUUUGGGUAUUAUGUAUAACUAUAUCAAAUGUUUAUCAAUGAAUAUGUAUUUAUUGUAAAUAUCUGGUAGAUUUUGUUGUUUCUGUCAUAUCUCAAUGUAUAAAUAAUUUAUUAUAUUUAUUAAUUAGGGUAGAUGAUAAUUUCCUCUUUCUAUACGAAGUGGUUGAAUCAAUCCAUACAGCUGCUUCGCAUAUAUUGUGUUGAAGAUCGUUUUUUGAAGAGUUGACUAUUUUAGUUCGAUCUGUGAUGAUUUCUAUUCAGUAAGCUUAACCACAGGUCAAAUACGAAUCAAUUAAAAGAUUAUUUCACAAAAAAAGAUGUAUAUUAUCAAUACUACUAUAUUUUGGUAAAAAAAUCUGAAAAAAUAUAUUUUAGCACAAAUAAAGCCAUCUGUUAUUGAAGCAGAUUGAUAAAUAAUGUACAAAAUAUAAAUCUAUUUCGUUUAAAUGUUCAUCUUUUUAUAAGACAAACAUUUUGAAACAAGUAUCUGCUUUGUAGCAGUCACAAAUUAACAAAAAAAAAAUAUUUAAUACGAAAAAAUUCUAGGAGGGGUCAUUUUUGCAAAAACUAAAUCAAAAAUUUAUUGAAACUAAUUUUUACAGACAAUUAUAUUAAAUAUUAAUACCGAUUUGUGAUGCUACUUGAAUUUGUGUGUAAAUAAACAAAGAUGUGAGGAUAUAAUUUCAUUUUCAUUGUAGUGUCCUGAAAAAGCAAAAUUUCUUCUUGAACCAAAUUUGUAAGAUAAUAAUGUUUUGUAAAUGGUUUGUAUGUAUCUAUGUAAAAGAUAUUAUAGCAUAAAGAACCCAAAAUCUAUACAUAUAUAUUAAAGAAAGAGAUUAUGGUUGGAAGGUUUACAAGUAAAUAUCACACUUCUAAUAACUAAAGUGAAAAUUAAAAAUCGUAAUGAAAAUUCUGUGAUAUAAACUGUUUUUUUUAAUAUUUGUAUGAAAAAAUAAUAAGAAUUGGAGGACAUAAAAAAUUUGGUAUCAUGGAUCUAAAGUAAAUCUUCCAAAUUAGUUUUUUAUUGCAUACUUCCUGUAAAUUGAUAAAGUGACCCGAUAUUGUGAAUAUUUUGUAGCAACUAAACGAUAAAUUCAUAAAUUUUGGUUUGGAAUUUUGUGUUAAAAUAUGCGCAAGUGAUAGUAUAUUAUAUAUUAGAACUGUUAAAAUAAAUGUGUACAUAUACUCGGCAUCAAGAUUUAUAUAAUACCUAGUAUUGUUGGGAACACUUUUGCUAUGGAACUGUUAUUAUUUUUCGAGGUAGAUCGUCUAAGCUUUUAGUUUUGAUUACGAAUACUUUAGGCCCCCCUUACCCUAUCUAGAAGCUACGUCCCCCCUUUAGAUUUAUAUUUUUAGAUGAUAACUUGUGUCGUCGUGAUCGAAAACAUCUAUGUUCACGAAAAUGCCUUAAAACAUUGUUAAUUGUGUAUAGAUUCUAGUCAACAUUGUAACUGUAAAUUGUUUUUUGAAGGAGUCUUAUAUACGAUAAAGUCGAAAUCACAUUCCCUAUGCAGCAUAGUGCAUGAAAAACAUUGAUUAAAUACCAAAAUUUGAGACUUAAAUUGAAAUGAAAUGUUUAGCUUUUGAUACAGGAUCUUUGAAAUAAUUUAGAAGCACAUUUUUAGUCAGAGAAUUUUCAAAAUUUUAGUGUUUUCAAAGAAGAAAUUCAACAAGAAAAUGAAAAGAUUUUCUAACUUACAUAUACAUUCCAUAUAAUAACACCAAAACUCCUAUAUAAGGCCCCUAUUUUUUUGUAGGUUUUACGAAACGGGUUAUAUAUAUAUAUAUAUAUAUGUUCGAUUUUGUUAAAGAAAAACUUAAAAACAGCUUAUUAGGGUGCACCAAAAAAAUGUACUUUUUUUUUAAUUACCGAGAAAGUAUCGUUAACACAGGAAACACUUUUUCAAAGGGUAUAAUAUGAUUUUUAAUUUAAUCGACUCGUUUGAGAGUUAUUAAAGGUUAACCUCCACAAUUUUUUUAUAUUUUAUCACAAAAAAAUGGAUAAAGAAGAAUUAAUAAAAAGUUAAAUUGAUAAAUAUUAAGAGCUCAAACAUUACCAGAUUUUU